CUCCAGGUCAUUAGUCAAACUAAAGGGAGUGAGGAGGAGGGAACAGCAGUACUCUGCCAAGCAAAGCAGGAAAGAUACAUCUAAAUCCAUCACUUUUGUGCUGGUUUUGUUUUUAUGUCUUUUUUUAAGUAGUAAGGAGAAACUCAGACAUGUCGGACAGAUAUGUUGAAAUCCUGAAAGACAGCCGUCUGUCGUGGAAUAAUUUCCCAUCAGGGAGACAGCUUCUCAGAACUCCUCCUCUGGCCGGUGUAAAGCAACAAUUGGAUUUUUGUAGCGAAGAUUCAGGUGAGGAGCAUGAGGAGCCCCGCCUGAAUAUGGAGGCAGAUUCUAGCUAUCAAGACCACAAUGACCCAAAUGUGACGUUCGAUUACAAUAAAAUGUUAACAAAAACAGAACCAGAUGACCCUGGCACCAUGCUGAAAGGAAUGAAGGGCUAUCAGCUGACGGAGACUGACUCGGAGUUUAUUGAAAAGAUGAAAGGAGAGAAAGCUAUCAAAAAGCUGCAGGGAGAUUUGAAAGAGGUGCAGAGGUUGUUAAAUAAAGAACUGAUGCCUUUGGAGCUGGCGUUAGCAUCCAGGGAGAAAGCACAGGCUGAUCUCAUGGAGCUCCCGUCCUCCGAAGACCUCAUGGAGUGGACGAAGGAGGUCCUCCGCAUGACAUCGCCAUCGACCCAAUUAGCAGACCUGGACCUCAAUUGUCUGCUGGACACGGUGACGAGAGAAAACCUCCAAAGAGCCACGCAGGAGAAGAAGGUUGAGAUCACUCGGAUGGAGAACAUGGUGGCAAACAAGAAGAAGAGGGAAGCUAAAGAGAGAGGCCAGCUUGAAAAAAAAAUAGCCAGUCAACAGCUGAAGGUACACAAAUUAAUGAGCCAAAUGUCAAACCUGGAAUCUGAACUUUCACAAGAAGAGGAAGCUUAUAAGGCUCUUGAAAUGCUGAUUAACACUCAAGAAGCGCCAGGAAUGGAAGCAGAAAAAGAGGAACUACAAGACGUUAAAUUACAAGCCAAACCUCGAGGAAAGGGAAGAACGAAGGCUGUUACAUUUGCUGUAAAGAUCGAAGAACCAGCAAAGGGCAAAAGUAAAUCAAGGAGCAAACUCGCAGACAGUGAAACUGACGGUGUGAAACACGAUCAGGCAAAUAGGAAAAGAAAGAAGUCUCUGGAGACUGUAGAGGCAGAGAAGCCAGCGAAGUCUGUUAAAGAAUCCGAAGGGCCUCAAAAGAAAGUCGAGAAGCAAGAAGCAAGUUCCCAAGAGCCUUUGCACCCUGUAGGAGGAAGAGGAAAGAAACCUGCAGCUACACAACCAAAAAGAGGAGUGAAAACCGAGGAAGUUCCAUCCACGACACGACGGGAAGCUCCCUCACAGGGCAGGAAGCUGGCUGCUGCUGCAGGUGGAGCAGAGGAGAGCCAGAACGGGGUUCUGAGGAGGUCCAAGAGGAUAGCCAGCAGGACGUGAAGGUUUUUAAUAAUGUUGGAUGUAUCUUGAUUUAGUCUAGUCGCAAAACUAAUGUCAGGAAUGGGCUUGACCUUUGGUUUUAUCCUAUUGCAUGGAUGGUGCAUGUAGCUUUAAGACUCGGUUUUAUUUGUUCUAUGACAAUAAAAUGGAAAU